CGCAUCUUUUGUGAAAUACAUUCUGCUAUUGGACGUAAAGUUCCGAAGUGUACAUUAAUCUUCAAAAAAGAACAGGUCAAUUGUGACUAAAGACUAAAGUUGCUCGUGAAUUUUCAAUUUGCACACUACGUCCAUUCGUAAGCAUAAGAAGGCAAAAUGUCCAUCGAAUUAAAGACAUUACUGAAAGAAGCUCGUGAAUCCUUCAAGCAGCAUGAAUAUGUAGAAACCAUGAAAAAAUGCAAGAAGAUUUUAAAGAAUGUCAAAAACAAUUAUGCAGCAUUAGUUCUCUUAGCUGCUGCUAUGCAGGAGGUGGAAGAAUUCAAGUCACAAGUAGCAUUAGUGCUACAAAAAGCUGCAGAGGUUCAACCGACUAAUCCUGUAGCUUGGCAAGGUUUAGUAGCACACUAUGAAAAAGCACAAAAGGACAAUGACAAUUUGGAAAAGUUGGCUAUAGCUUAUUGCAAACUUUUACAAGUGGAUAAUGAUUCUCCCAAAUAUCUUCAAUUUUUAAACAAACUUUCUGAAAUUGUCCUGAAAAUCAAAAAUAAUGAUAUACUGUUUGAGGUAUUGAACACAUUGAAUAUACUACGGCAGCUUCCUGCCAAAGAGAAGACAAGUUUGAUUGACAAGACUCUAGCACAGACUCUAACAGAAUGUCCCAAUAUUCUGGAAAAGCAUAAAGAGUUAUUUGAGAAUGUAUUGGCAUCUGUAGUGAAAGAUACAGAUGUAGUGAAUAGACAUGAGUAUUAUAGGAUAUAUCUAAAGAUGUUAUAUGACGCAAAUAAAUUGAUACUUUUAUUGGAAGAAGCUAAGGAGAUGCACACUCAGUUCCCACAGGACAGUAUUCCUCUGGAAUGGAUGUGCGUUGUUUAUUAUGAAGAGACCAUAUUACGUGAAAAUAAACUUGAAAUUGAUAUAACUCCUUUCUGUGAUUCCCUCUUAAAGCUAAAUAUGAAAUGUGAAAUGGCAUUGGUUGUAAAAGCAGCAUAUUUUAUGUGCAUAGAUAAUUUGAUUAGCUCUCGCGAGUGUUUAAAUCAAGCGAUCUUGCUGAAUGCACAAUCAUUUUAUGCCUGGUUCUUGUUAUACAAAGUAUACUGCAAGCUUUAUUGUUGGAAGGAGGUUGAAGAAGCUUCUAAACAAGCACUACAAUUGCUGUCUCCUUCUUUGAAGGAUACUUUACAGCAUAACAUUAAAUUGACACUACUUGAAGCAAUGAGUAGAAGUAACAAUAGAGAGAAGUUAUUACAGGCGCGACAGAUGUGCAAGAAGUUGUUAGAAACAAAGUUCUCCAUGCAACUGCAACUGAUAUAUGCCCGGAUAAAUGCGUCGUUGGACGAGCCUGAAGCAAUCGCCAUACUAAAUGACUUGGAGUCCCAAGAUGAGAUUAAGAUUCAAGUUUUCAUCAUCAAAGCAUCAUAUCUGAAGAGACACAAGCACUUAGAGGAAGCCAUCAACAUCCUUGAACUAGCUCUAGAAAGUUCCGAGGCUUGGCUGUUGUUUGGUCAGAUAUAUUGGGAUAUGAACGACUAUAAUCACAGCCUGGUGGCUUUCUUGAACGGUAUCAAAGUGGAUCGCAACAAUUGGGAAUGCAUGAUCCAUCUGGGACGUUAUUAUUGUGAGUGCGCGAAUGAUAUAGAACGCUCGAGGAGAUGUUACCAGACGGCGUUGCAAAUCAAUCCAAACUCUGAGGAGGCUGGGAUCGGCCUGAGCACUGCUUAUCGGCUGCUCAAGAACACAGACGCUAACAUACAACUGCUGCAGAAUGUAACCAUGCAGGGCAUCGGCCCGAAGUGGGCAUGGCUUCAGUUGGGUCUACAGCACUUGGACAACGGAGAUGCGGUCGAAGCUAUCAAGGCAUUGCAGCAUGUCAUUCGAGCCGACCCUAAUGACAAUCACAGUUGGGAGUCUCUGGCGGAUGCGUAUUUAGUGCGCGGCGGACACAUGUCUGCGCUGAAGUCGUAUCAACGUGCGUUACAGCUCAGUCCGGGGUCCUUGUAUCCCAUGAUACAACUUGCAAAUAUCAAGCUGCUAAUCGGCCAACACAAAGAAGCUAAAGAGGACUUUGACAGCAUAUUGCAGAAUAACGAGCAAUAUAUACUCGCAUUAAAAGGCCUAGCUCAGACGUGUUUGGGUCUGGCGAGCGAGUGCACCUCGAAGUAUUUGCUAAGUCAAGCGAGAGAAAAUCUGCAGCAAGCGGCGGAUAGUCUGACGAGUGCUGUGAUGAUACGGAGCAAUCUGUCCUGCAAUUGGAAAUUAUUCAGUGACGUGUGUUAUAGAAUAGCCGCUAUGCCGAUGAAGUAUUGCUACUUGAAUGUGAAACCUAUUUUGGUAAAGUCCGAUAGUACUAAACAGUACAUCAAAGUUAAGGGAGAGGAAACACUCAAGUUAGCUAUAAGAUGCAUCUGCCGGGCGUUGUCGCUCACGCAAAAUUCCUCGUUGCUAUGGCACGAUUUAGCAUGCUGUUACUUGAUGCAACUGCGACGCAACUUCAUAAAGGACGUUGACAAGAGCGACGUGGCGACUAAGUGUCUCGCUGCGGCGAAACAGGCAGUCAAACUCAGUCCGCAGUCGUGGCUACAUUGGAAUCUCCUGGGUAUUGUUUGCAUGUCGCAGGACGUGAAAAACUACGCCUUGGCUCAGCAUUGUUUCGUCACGGCGAUCGACAGAGAACCGAACAACUCGAUAGCUUGGAGCAACCUCGGAACGUUGUACUUGCAUCUAGGAGACAUCUACAGAGCGAAUGAAGCGUACUCUCGAGCUCAACGCGCGGAUCCAAGUUACAUGAACAGCUGGAUUGGCCAAGGAUUGAUUGCGCAGCAGUCCCUGAGGAAAGAGGGCAUGGAGCUGUUUCAUCACUCGAUCCAAUUAGGCUACCACGACGAGGCGGCUCUGGGCUAUGCUCAUUGCGUGUUUCACAUCCUUCUGAAUCCCAUGCUAAACAAGGAACCAUCGUGCGACUACUUUAUAAAAAAUAUGUAUGCGAUACCUGCAGCGGCGGAUGUUCUUACCUGGUACAUAGAACGUGAGCCUGACGACGCUUACGCUUUGAACACCCACGGUUUGCUGUUAGAACGGCAGAAAUUGUACAACUCGGCGGCUAAGCGGUUCGCCGAGGCUUUGAAGGUAUGCAAAAGCGAGAGUUCAGAUAUGAUCCACAUCAAUCUGGCACGUGUCCUAAUUCAGCUGGGACAGUAUGACGAGGCGGUGCGGGUGUGCGAGCAAGUGAAACACGACAGUUUUAAUUCCCAAUGUCACUUGGCGUUGUCCUUGUUCAAAGCCGAGCAAUAUGAGAAGUCCUACGAGACGUACGAAUCAACUCUGCAUUGGCUGGCGGACAACGACACAGACAAAGCGUACGUCCUGUGCGCGAUGGGCGCGAUAGCUCAUACUUUCAACAAGAUAGACGCCGUGAAGACUCUGCUAUUCCAGUGCAUGCAUAUGUCUGAACCCGUGAUAACCGCUUACUUGGCGCUCGCGGCCUUAGGAAUUUUGCACAACGAUCUCGACCUGACUGCUCUGGUGCUGGAGGAGUUGCAGUCAUAUAAAAAUCACCCUGAGUAUGGCCAUCAUACCGUCACGAUGAAUGUGUAUUACCACAUCUCUAAGUGCGACAUCACCGAAGCUAUCCGAAUGUUGGCCAAAGGCAUUUACAAGUAUCCUAGUGACGUCAGAUAUUGGAUACGUCUCGUUCGGAUCUUGCUGUUGGACACGAAUCUGAGCAAGUUUCGCAAGUGCGCGGAGAAAGCCUUGAGUCUAAGCAAAAGUAACUCCACGCCCGAAAUUGUAUACGUCGCUUGCGCAUCAGCGUAUAGUCACCUGGGCACGAGGAAAGCUCUCAGGCAGGCUCAGAGGAAUGUGUUCACGUAUCCCGCCAAUAUCGAGAGCUGGGCCAACUUAAUUGCCGUUUUCUUGUACAGGUAUAUGGAAGAGGACUGUGAAAUUGAUAAACAAUGGUUGUCGUCGUUAAUAUCUGUAACAAUGGCACAAUUCCAAACUUCUGAGCAUAUGUCGCGAUGGCUUACCAGAGCGAAAGAGAUUAGUGAUUCGUAAGUUCGAGUAGAAAAACGGUCCUUACGAUUUGUCUGAUUUUAUUAUUUUUCGAUGUUCUACACUCUGGAUUUAAUAUAAUAAUAAAAUUGCGUAAUAUAUUUUAUAAAUCUAGUGAGUCUUGUUUUUGCAAACUCUCAUCGAUAUUUACAUGAAAAUACCAAUUAUAUUG